AACCGGUGAUAUGUGGACGUUAGUAUGAGAGCAAGUUAACGAAUAAUGAUACCUUUUACAGGAGGAAAAUGUCAAAGGAAGCUUUUGAUGAAUUGUCUGUUUUAUCCGCCAUAUAUUGCGAGCAAGGCGAAUUCGAAGUGCUGGAAGAGUCACCUGAAAAAGGAGUUGUGUUCCGCGUACACACGCUAAUAGACAACAACGAGAAGACAUCGCUAGACAUCAUUUUCCACAUCUCUCCUGAAUACCCCAACACUCCUCCAGAUAUCAGCAUCAGUUCCAACCACUUAUCAAGGAGACAGUGUCAUGACCUGAGACGCAGUUUACUGGACACAGCACAGUCACUUCCAGCAGAACCCAUGGUCCAUGGUUUAAUGCUGUGGCUUCAGGAAAAUUUCUCUGACUUAAUCAAAACAUCAAGCUGCCAUUCAGCCGAGGUCAGACCAGAGACUACGGAGGAAACCUGGACCGCUUUACUACAUUUAGAUCCAACAUGAUACAUGAGAUCCAAAGCAAAGUACAUCAAACUGAUCGAAAAAUGGACUUUAGAGCUGCGCCUCACCGGGAGACUCUUCACAGGGAAGCUGAUAUUGAUUCUGCUGCAGGGAACAAAGGAAAAUAUUAAACAAUAUAUCCACCUUCUGAAGAGUGUGAAAGUGGAUGUGGAUUCUUCUGGGAAGCGCUGUAAGGAGAAGAUGAUGAGUGUCCUGUGUGAGAUUCCAAAACCAGAGGACAAGAUAAUGAUGACUACGUUUGAAGUAAAAGACAUUUUAUCGCUUGAUGACCUCAGAAGGGAGUUUGAUCUCAUUGGACUAAAUGAGCUUUAUCAUCAGUUUGUGUCUUCACUCACCUGAUUGGACAGCUGCUGUUUAAAUCCCUCUCCCCUCCUCUGAAGUACUGUUCACAACUUUUUUAACUGCAAAUAGAAAACAUAAAAUGCAAUUUAAUUAAAGGGGUGUUCCACACUGUAUUUUUAAGGGUUGGUUGUGUUUAUAAGAUGCAACGCAGUGUGUGCUUAUGCUUCAUUUGUAGAAAAUCACGAUAUUUGUUCAUUUAUCUUACUUUAAUUAUAUACAGCCACUCAGCUAUCAUGAAAACCACUGUCAUAUUUCCUAGUUCCUCCGAAAGGCCCGCCCUAAAAAGGCUCUGAUUGGUCAGCUAACAUAAUGUGCUGUGAUUCGCGGAUCGGCUUCACAUCACCAAGAAAAGUGUCACGCGCCUACAAGCAGAUCAGCAUGUCACAAUAAGUUUGAUAUCCACUGACAUGUAUUGUCAAAUAACUGAAUAUUAUUUAUUGUGGCAAUACAUACUAAAGGUAUAACUACGAAUAAAUAAAAUAAAUGCUUUUAAUUUAAAGUGGAGUAGUCCAGCAUAUAAAGUAACUUGCGAUGCAAUAAAUCAUGUUAACAGCUGCAUAAUGAUUAAAUAUUGUUUGCGUG